AUGGGACUCAAUUAUUCAAAAGAAUUACAAUUAACUGAUGAAAUCAAAGCGAAGGAUUUUCAUGGCCAAUUUUAUAGAUGCACGAUGAAACAAGGCCAGACAAGUCCUUACUGAUUUUGGCAGCCAAUUAAAUUAAAAUUAAGCCAAGGGAUUUUACAAUGCUACAACAAUGAAAAAAUUGAUUCAUCAAUUAAUAUGAGCCAGCAUACUUUUGUAUCAGUUCAGGAUCCUCAGCUAAGAGAAUUUAUUAUUAUAAUUAUUAGGGAUAGUGCUAUCACAUUUUGGAGAAUAAGAGCUCAGAAGCUGUGCGACAUGGCAGAGUGAGUUUAUGCGUUAAGAGUUUCGAAAAGGCCCAACGUAAAAAUAUUAGAAAAGUGCCAAAUUUGUUCUCAGAAGAUACAAAAUGAUAGAAGAUCGAGCUAUUGCAGAUUUUGUGGAAAUAUUUUGUGUAAAAAAUGCACUCACUAUAAAGCCAAUCUUGAAAUAAUGGGCUAUAAAUCCAAACAAAUUAUUUGUAAAAAUUGCAUAACUGAAGUCAGAUCUGUAAAAAAGCUUGAAGCUUUUGCGAGACUUAAAAUUAAAGAACAAAAUGAAACAAAGCUGGAAAGGAGCAUGUCAUUCCAAGGAGACAUGAAUCAUGCUGGAAACCGUCCCGACCGCUCAUAUAGUGUUGAUUUCACGUAA